CCAAUGCACACAAAAAAAAAACACAACAAACCCACACACUUUGGUUUAGCCUCUGCUCUUUCUCUCUUCUCUCUCUUUUCCCCAUUCCCUACUUGAGAAUUGAGAUUGAGAUAGAAUACAUCAAUUCAAACCCUCAUUGAAAAUUCAUCAUUUUUUUCUCUCUCAAUUUUCCACAACUCUUUUUUUCUUUAACCCCUUUUUGCUAUUAUCACCCAUCAAUCAAUCACUCCCAAAUCUUCAUUGCCCACUAUUUUUUUCUUCCAAAGUUUGCGACUUUCUUGUUUGUAAGAUGAGUGGUAGUGGGUUUAGGGCUUCAAUUCCAAACAGUGUGAAGAAGACGAUCCAGAAUAUUAAGGAGAUCACAGGUAAUCACAGUGAUGAAGAUAUCUAUGCAAUGCUUAAGGAAUGUUCUAUGGAUCCCAAUGAGACCACUCAGAAGCUCCUUCUUCAGGACACAUUUCAUGAGGUCAAAAGAAAGAGGGACAGAAGAAAGGAGAAUCUCAACAACAGAGAACAUUUAGAACCACGCGGGAGACCUAGCACCCAUGGACGGGGGCCUAGGGGUGGCCGGGGAAAUUUUUCUUCUCAUAAUAUAUCUCAUGAUGCCAGUGGAAGAAAGACUUCUGUUACAGGCAAAGAUAGUGGAGCUCGUCUACCUUCUGAGAAAAUUGUGCCACAACCACCAGCUUCUCAAGAGAUAAUAUCUAAAGGGAAAAGUUCCAGAACAAGCUCUGUGCCUAUUACUGCCAAUGGUCCUACAAAUGUGGCUUCUGGAACUAUAAGUAGUGCGAGUCCUGCCCCACCACCUGCUGGAAACGGAGACAUAAUGGUUCAAUCUUCUGUCAAUAAUAAUAAUAAUGUGGAUAGUGCUUCAUCUUCUGAUAAAUCAAAUCAAGUUGCAACAAUUGCUUCUGAAACUGGGCCGGCAUCCUCAUCGGCUCAUUUCUCUUCUUCUGAUCCAGUAUUGGUUCCAACUGAUAAUUCAUGGCUUCCUGGUGUUGUCGGUGCAAUUAGACGCGAAGUGGGAAACCAGCACUCUCUUGGAGAAUCAAAUGCUGUUAACUCAGCUAAGAACAAACUAACUGCUGCUUCUGAGACUGGUAGCUCUUCUGUGCAAGAAAAGAUUCAAGGUAAAUCCCCGAGAGUGGCAAAAAAUUACGGCAAUGAGAUACCAUCCCCAUCAUCGUCGGUAACUCUCGGAAGCCCUUCAGUUAGUCGCCCGUCCUCUAAUUACAAUAACCGGUCUCAACAACUAAAUGGCCCUCAGAAAGCUGUUUCUAAUAAGGAAUGGAAACCAAAGUCCACAAAUUCUUAUAAUCAGAAUUCUAGACCUGCUACUGCACCUGAGGCUCCUCCCGAAUCAGCUGAAGUACCUAGACAGUUACAGUCUGCGUCUAGUGCCCUUGACACUGAAGAAGCUACUUCAAAACUUCAGAAAAAGCUGGAGAAUUUGCGUAUUCCACAGCAUCAACAUGUGAUACUUCCAAAUCAUAUCAUAGUACCAGAUUCUGAGAAGAACAAGUUUUGCUUUGGAACUUUGGGAGUCAAUUUUGGAGUUGAUACAACAAGCUAUGUUAGUGGCCCAGAUAGUGAAAAGAGUUCCAAUUCCACGCCACUUUCUGAAACUUCUCAGAAUAUUGAAGAAACUGUGGAGGAGCAGGAUUCAAGUCAAAAUGAUGCGCUUACGUCUGAGGUGGAAGAUUAUCCUGAUCAUUCACUCUCACCCACUAACACACCUGUGAAUCUAGAAUCGGGUGAGGUUGACGGGUCAUCCAGUGCUAUUCAGGGGUCUAAUGAGUCCAAGCAAGACGCUGCUUUGCCGUCCGAAGGUCAUCAAUACCCAGGCGUGCAUAUUUCUCCAAACUACAGUUAUGGUUUUGUGCCACCGAUGCUGGGUCCUCAACUCACACCAUUUGACAAUUCUGAGUCUACACGUGAUAUUUCUCGGCUUCCAAGCUUUAUUGUCCAUCCACAGUUGGAUCCAGCUGGUUAUUAUGCCCAGUUUUACCGACCAGGUACUGAUAGUGAUGGCCGUCUUUCUCCUUUUGCUUCUGCCGGGGCAACCACCAAGUACAACGGCAAUAUUACAGUGCUGCCUGCUCCAAAUUCUCAAUCUCCUCAAGAGGGUAUCUUGUCCACAGCAGGUCAAACUCCACUUACAACUCAAGCUGCAGGACUGAUGCAAAGUACAAUAGCCGUUACUCAGCAGCCUGUCCCAGUCUUCCGGCCGAGUGCGGUUCAUUUAUCCCAUUACCCUCCAAACUACAUUCCUUAUGGUCACUACUUUUCACCAUUUUAUGUCCCACCUCCAGCAAUCCACCAAUUUUUGGGUAACGGUGCGUUCCCUCAACAACCUCAGGCCACCACUGUAUAUCCACCUCCCCCAACUGUGGCAGCUCCAGGAAUCAAAUAUCCUCUUCCACAAUUCAAACCUGGAACAAAUCCAGCAAACACAACUCACCUUGUAAUGCCAAAUGCUUUUGGACUAUAUGGCUCCUCUCCAGCUGGUUAUAAUCAUAACUCUGCAACAACUGCAGGGAAUUCGAACUCUAAUGAGGAUCUCGGUUCCUCCCAAUUCAAGGAAAGUAAUGUAUACAUCACUGGACAACAGAGUGAAGGUUCAGCAGUGUGGGUGGCUGCACCUGGCCGAGACAUGUCAAAUUUGCCAACUAGUUCAUUCUACAACCUUCCUCCUCAAGGUCCGCAUGUGACUUUUGCCCCGACUCAGGCUGGCCAUGGCACUUUUGCAAGCAUCUAUCACCCCGCUCAAGCAGUGACAGCUGCAACAGUCCAUCCACUGUUGCAGCAAUCUCAAACAAUGCCAGGAGCAGUUGACAUGGUAGGACCAGGUGGAAAUGUUUAUCAGCAACCUCAACAUGCACAGAUCAAUUGGCCAAGCAAUUACUAGGCUCUGCUUAUAUUAGAUGAUUGAUUGAGUCUUAUUUUUUGGGAAAUUCCAAAAUAUAGUUGGAUUUCCGUGAGGAAAAAGAUGUGGCGAUUGGCUACGUUUUGAGUGUAAAAAGCUGGAAAAUUUGCCAUUAUAAUCUUCUGACUGGUUGGUUGGGUUGAGGACAUAAAAGGUAGGACACAUGUAACCGAACGAUUAAAGUUAGACGCGGUAGAAACAAGCAUAUGCAGCAGGCUUUCUCUUAAAUUUUUACUCCUGCUAUUGUGUUUUUAGCAUUAAUACCUUUUCAUAGUUCUAUUGAGGUCAUUGAACUCUCCUAUUAAGAGUAUUGUUGAGUGAUGAGAAAUGUCCAUUCUUUGUUUUUAGUUGAGUUUAUUAUAGGGUUUGGAAGGUUUUAGAUUGGUGGGGAAAGCUUUUUCUGUUACCCCUUUGUCUUACCUGUAAAGUGAAUUUUUUGAUAGCAAGAAAAUUAUUUGGUGAAGUAAAA